GAACCAGUGAAGAGUUGCAACAGUGUUUGGUCUCGUGCAUCACUUUGAACUGCCUUGAUUACUACUCUAGGAGCGUAAUAGCCACGGUUGUUUUGACGCAUUUAAAUAAUUAAUAACAGAAGCAUUUCUAUUUAUCGCUUACUAUUUUUUCUUGGUGAGGUUCCUGUGGAGAAGAUUAGAUAUGGAUUUGGUGUGUCUGGUGUGUUUGGCGCUGAGCAUCGGUGCUUGGUUCGCCUCAGCGGAGAGACACAGCGUCUACUGGAACGGCACUAACCCGAACUUCCUGUGGGACGAGUACAAAGUGGAAGUGCAUAUCAACGACUAUCUGGACAUCAUCUGCCCCCACUACACCCACGGUGAGGUGUCAUCGCAUGCAGCAGAGCGCUAUGUGCUGUACAUGGUGGAGAGGGAGGACUAUGAUGUGUGCAAGCCUCACUCUUUUGACCAGCUCCGUUGGGAGUGUUCGCGGCCCUUUGCUCCCCACGCUCCCGAGAAAUUCUCUGAGAAAUUCCAGCGUUUUACUCCCUUCACCCUGGGCAAGGAGUUCAGACAGGGAGAAAGCUACUAUUAUAUCUCCAAGCCAAUGCAUCACCAUGGCCAGGAGUGUCUAAAGUUGAGAGUGGAUGUUGUUGGGCAGAAAGGCUCCGGAAAGACCAAUCUAGAGAAAACAAAGGCGGAAGAUACAGGCAAAAGUUUUGAUGGAGGAAAAGGGAAGUUUCCUACCGCUGGAGGAGUUCACAACCCCUCAAAUCGGCUCCCAGCAGAUGACCCUGCUGUGAUGGAGCCAAACGUCCAGAGGAGCAUCGGCAGUUCAGGAGCACAGCUGUUCUCCAUUCCACUCUUCCUAACCAUGAUCCCAGUCCUAUUAGCCCUGAUGCUACACUAAGGCUAAGCAAGACGCCACAACAGAGACAAUGCUAAACCAAUGCCGGUCAUUGGGACCAUGAAUGUUUUUUUUAUACAGACUUUUUUUAUACAAGCAUGGUGUCAGUGUGUGUUUGCGUGUGUGUUUGCGUGUGUGUUUGCGUAAAUGUGGAACGUGGAUCGUUCCAAAGAAGAGGACAUUUUGUAUUAUUUUAUUAUGAGGAUUGAAGUUCUCAUUUUUUACCGUUUAAGAUGCACUCUUUUUUGUCCUUAUAAACAAAACUGCAAGCAAACUGAUCAAAAUCAAAUAGAAAUGACAAGAGGAUUGCAUUUUCUUUGUUAUCCUGUGUUUUCACCACUGGUACAGAUUUGCAUUACGCUCCUCAUCUACAGCUUUUAUUUUAAUUUUUCCUCCUCUACAUGUAGAGAAAUUAUUAAUUCUGUGUGUUGGAAAUAUUGUCGUCUAAUGCCAAUGUGGUAUACAUUAUGUAGGAUUUUUGUCAUGUUGUCGUGUAGCACUCAGCUCAAUGUUGUAUCUCUUCAAGUCUUUCAGAGCACCACUGUGACAUGCACACAGAAGCUGUCACUGAGGUUUAAAAA